AGUGUACAAAGGGGUUAACACGGAGUAUAUGGAAUUAUUUCCCUGUCGACCCAUGGAUCUAUCUGAGCUCUUGUGCAUUCCACCUUAACCGGAUGACAUGCUGUGGUUCCUCUGUCUUCACCAUGACGCUUGUCUCCGUCUCUCCACCUUGCUGCUAUUCUAGCGGUGUUGCGCAGCUAUAACUUAUAAAUACUGGAGGAUUUCCAAUGGCAGAAGAAGAAGAAAGAAGCGAAACCAUCAGAUCAACCUUCACUACACUUGGAAAACAUUACUCUCUAAUAUCAAUCCAAUUCAGCCUCAUCAUGACCGACUUCCUCAAACCAGCACCUGAGCCACUUACUGAGCUAGGUCGCUAUCGGAUUCUUUCCUCAACAGCGGGGAUUCGUGUAUCCCCGCUGCAAUUGGGAGCCAUGUCUAUUGGCGAGGCAUGGUCGGAGAUGAUGGGAUCAAUGGAUAAGGAGUCAUCAUUCAAACUCCUGGAUGCCUUUGUUGAAGCGGGCGGUAACUUUAUUGAUACGGCCAACAAUUAUCAGAAUGAGCAAUCGGAGGCUUGGAUUGGCGAAUGGAUAUCACUCCGGGGCAACCGUGAUCGACUUGUGCUCGCAACCAAAUUCACCACAGACUAUAGGUCCCAUGCGGUUGGCAAGGGCAAUGCUCCAAAUUCCUGCGGAAACCACCGACGCUCUCUGCACAUGAGCUUGCGUGAUUCCCUCCGCAAGCUCCAGACAGACUGGAUUGAUAUCCUCUACGUCCACUGGUGGGAUUACACCACCUCUGUUGAAGAGAUCAUGGACAGCCUCCAUAUCAUGGUGGAGCAGGGCAAAGUGCUUUACCUGGGCAUCUCAGAUUCACCUGCGUGGGUUGUAAGCGCCGCUAACACCUAUGCGCGCGAUCACGGCAAGACCCCCUUCAGUAUAUACCAGGGACGGUGGAACGUGAUGCUGCGGGAUUUUGAACGGGAUAUCCUCCCCAUGGCCCUCCAUUUCGGCAUGGCCCUUGCCCCUUGGGACGUGCUCGGCGGCGGCAAAUUCCAGUCUGCAAAGGCAAUGGAAGAACGUCGAAAGGCUGGGGAGGGCCUGCGGUCUAUGAUUGUAUCAGGAAAGCAGACACCGGACGAAGUGAAGAUGAGUGAGGCUCUGGGUCAAGUGGCGGCUGAGCACGGUAUUGAGUCAGUCACGGCCAUUGCUCUGGCCUACGUCAUGGCGAAGGCGCCUUAUGUGUUUCCCUUAGUCGGAGGCCGCAAAAUUGAGCAUCUUCAUGAUAAUAUCCAAGCCCUGAAGAUCAAAUUGACCCCGGCGCAAAUCGAAUAUCUCGAGAGUGUUCGUCCCUUUGACGUGGGGUUCCCCCAAAACAUGAUCGGCGCUGAUCCCAGGAUCACUGGAGUUCCAGGGCCCUGGUUGGCAAUGAAUGCGCAAUUUGCCCUCAUGCAAACUUCAAACCCGAUUUCUCCUCCAUAAAGGAAGUCUUAUGUUGGGACUCAUCUAAGAAUGAUAGGAGAUGGCUUGGUGGUUUAAUUAUGGGAAGAUUGAGGACAGGUUGCUACAAAUAACUUUGUCGCCAAUUUGCACAUUAGUUUUGACUGUAAAAUGA